AUGGCUACCCAGCACAAGCCAGGUUAUGAGUUUGGCGGCCCCAUUGGCGCCCUCGGAAUCGUUCUCGGUCUUCCUAUCCUCCAAUAUGUGUAUGCAUUCGGCUGCAACGACGUCUCUGGAUGUCCCAUACCUUCUCUUCUCGAUCCCAAGAACCUGUCCCUCGAGACUCUGAAGGCCGAGGCGGGAUGGCCCGCAGAUGGUAUCUGGGGCUUGUGCAGUUGGGAUGCUAUGGGCUGGACACUGGCUUACUACUUCCUCAACCUCUUCUUGUUCCGAGUGCUCCCCGGACAAGUAGUGGAAGGCACCGAGCUUGAAUCUGGUGGCAGAUUGAAGUACAAGUUCAAUGGUCUUGCAUCCAGCUCUUUGAUCCUCGCUGUCUGUCUCGCUGGCACCAUCGCCCAAGGCGCAGAAUUCCCCCUUUGGACAUAUAUCACCGACAACUACCUACAGAUCCUGACCGCCAACAUCAUCGUCUCCUUCGCUCUUGCCAUCUAUGUAUACGUCGCCAGCUUUUCCGUCAAGGCUGGCAACCCCGAGAAGCGCGAGCUUGCCGCUGGCGGACAUACCGGCAACAUGAUUUACGACUUCUACAUUGGCCGAGAGUUGAACCCCCGUGUCACCCUUCCCUUCUUUGGCGAGAUCGAUAUCAAGACCUUCAUGGAGGUUCGCCCUGGUCUUCUGGGAUGGAUCCUGAUCGACGUUGCCUGGGUCGCAAAGCAGUACCGUACUUAUGGCUACGUCACAGACAGCGCGGUCUUCAUCACCAUCGUCCAGAGUCUCUACGUCAUGGACAGCUUCUGGAUGGAGCCCGCCAUCCUCACCAUGAUGGAUAUCACAAGAGACGGCUUUGGUUUCAUGCUGGCUUUUGGGGAUCUCGGCUGGCUCCCCUUCAUGUACUCUCAGCAGGUCCGCUAUCUGUCUGUCUACCCUCUUCAGAUGGGCUGGCUCUACACUGGUGGCGUAUUGGCUGUUCUUCUUACUGGCUUCACCAUCUUCCGCCUCAGCAACGCCGAGAAGAAUACCUUCCGUACCAACCCCAACGACCCCAAGGUUGCUCACCUCAAGUACAUUGAGACCAAGACUGGCUCACGUCUCCUGACCUCCGGCUGGUGGGGUGUUGCCCGACACGUCAACUACCUUGGCGACUGGAUCCAGUCUUGGCCAUACUCGCUGCCUACCGGCGUCGCUGGCUAUGUCAUCUUGAAUGCCGGUAGUGAAGUUCCCGGUGCUUUCAAGAUGGCCGAUGGUCGCGAGGUCAUUCAAGGUCCUGCCCGUGCCUGGGGUAUGCUGUUCACUUACUUCUACAUUCUUUACUUUGCGGUCCUUCUCAUCCACCGUGAUGGUCGUGAUGAUGACAAGUGCAGCAUGAAGUAUGGUGAGGACUGGGAGAAGUACAAGAAGGCUGUCAAGUACAGAAUCCUUCCUGGUGUCUAUUAG